AUGACGUCAGCGACGGGAAGACGGUCAUCGAAGGUCGUCGUUGGUGCUGCCUUCCUGCUGCUUCUCCUCGCCAGCUCCUUCUUCCCCCUCGCGGUCGCGGUGAGCCGAAAGGACGUGCGGCUCGCGCUGCAGGAGAUUCGGCGAAACCCGCGCCUCCAGCGUUUGAACUUCAAAAAGUUCUUUCAAAAGUUCGUGCUGCUGGCCAUCAACCAGAAGGGCCCCAUCACGCUUUUCCUCCCCACCGACCCCUACACCAUGUACACAGCCUACUCUGCGGGCUACACCGCCCAGGACUUUGCCAUGCUCGGCAAAAACAACAUGAUCCCUGAGCACCAUCCCUACAAGGACUUUGUGCAUGACUCUGCAGGUACGACAUACACCACAGUGCUGGGCGAGAAGGUGAAGAAGUGGAAUGGAAAACGCACCAAGCUGGUGGCUUUCAAGGCGGCUAAGGGCCUGCCCAGCCUUGUUAUAUGGCCCAACAUGUUCCAAGGGGAUACGCUUGUCAUUCACCUCGUGUCCCUGGCUUUGAUUCCCUCAUCCAUGUGA